UACAACACUCAUUAAACAGAGUCAAAUGUAAUGCAUAGAACCAGGUCUCCUGGUGGUGUGGCCCGCAGGUUGUUUGGUUACAGGCACCUUGCUGACAGUGGACAACAGACUACGGGGGACUGCUAUGUGGCGAGGUGACCUUCUGGUGCCAAUGGGACACACCUUCUACAGUUAUUGUUAAUUUACUAAUUCCACCAUGCUGAACGGCUCCAACACUGGCUGCUUUACGUCUGACAGGUUCCCAGAGAAGUUGUUGGAAAGGAUUGGGCAGUUUCGUUCCCAGGGGGACCUAUGUGAUGUGACGCUGGAAGCUGAAGGACUCCUUUUUCCAGCUCACAAAGUGAUACUCGCAUCGGCGAGCUCUUACUGUAAAUUGCUGUUCGCAGAUUCCAAACACGGAGACCCCAUCCGAUUCAAUGAUAUAAGUGCUAAAGGGCUCAGAAAUGUCUUAGAUUUCAUCUACUCCAACAAGCUUCCCUUAUCCUUGUCCAAUAUUGAGGACACCUUGAAGGCGGCAGAGGUCCUCCUUGUCCGGGAAGCAGUGAAACUAUGCUAUCGGUUUUUGGAAGAUGGCUUGGGCCAGGAGACCUGUUUGGGUAUCUUGAACAUAACCAGGAAGCAUGGGCCAGAAGAACUAAAGGUGAAGGCCAGCGGGUAUGUGGGCCACCACUACAAGCACGUCCCGGGUACCUUUGGAGAUCUGAAUGAAGUAGACAAAGGGACCCUCUGUGAAAUUCUGGAGAGGGAGGAGGUCCCAGGUUGCAGUGAGCUGGACUUGUUCAAUUUGGCGGUGGCGUGGUUACAGCAUGACGGCGCAAGGACAAAGGAAGCGGGAGAUGUCCUCAGGAGAAUUCGCUUUCCCCUGAUUUCUCUAGAAGAUCUCCAGAGAUACGUUAAGGAGACGCCGAUCAUGAAAACAGACUCCAGUUGCUUCAGAUAUCUCCAAGAUGCUUUAAAAUACCACUCUCAGCUCUACGCUCAACCUACGGUGCACGGCAAGGCCACCUUGAUAAGGUCAAGCUCAGAAAAUUUGCUGGUCUUGGGUGGGAGGACAACCGAUAACCAAGUUUGCAGCAGUAUCUGGGUUCAAAACCAAGAUGGCAGCUCAUGGUCUGAGGUUGGAGAGAUGCGUGCUCCAGUGUACAACCACUGUGUGGCGGUCAUCAAUGAUUUCCUCUUCGUCAUUGGAGGCCAAACAAGCUUUGACCCAUCGGGAAAGCAUCCAUCAAAUGAGGUGUUCCGGUUUGACCCGCGCACCGGCUCAUGGCUGCAAGUUGCCGGUAUGCUGGAGAGAAGAACGCGUUUCCACACCGAGGUGAUGAGUGACCAUAUUAUCGCCGUCGGAGGAGGAUCCCUGUUGGGUCACCUCACCCAGAGCGUGGAAGAGUACCAGCCCGAGGAAAACAAGUGGGAGUACACUGCCCCCUUCCCAAUUCCGGUGGCGGAUCACGCUGGCACCACCCACAGAGGCAUUCUCUACAUUUCAGGGGGGUAUUCUAUGAACAAGACACUGAAUGACGUCUACAGCUACUUGCCAAGACUCAAGCGCUGGGUGGUAAACCGCGCCAUGACACACACCCGAUGCGACCAUGGCAUGGCUACCGUAGGAGACAAGAUCUUCUGUGUCGGCGGACGCACACUGAACGCUGCCAAGCAAUGGAUCCACGUAAACGAGACAGAGUAUUACUGUCCGGCGGCGGAUCAGUGGAGUGCCCUAAAGCUUUCUCCCUUUGACUGCUGCCAGUUCAGCAUAGCCACCCAAGCAUCCAAGAUGUACAUCACCGGGGGAGGGUCUUUAAGACGAAUGCAUAAAGAAGACAGUGUCUUUAUAUAUGACCCAGAGGCCAAGACGUGGAAGAAGGUUGGGUCGCUGCCACAGCCACUGGUAGACCAUGCUUCCUGCACCAUGAAGUUACCACAAGAGAUGAUGGAAAAACUCCAGGAGAAGGAAGAUGAUAAUUUCUCUCUCCCUAACAAGAAAAGAUCCACUCUGAACCUCUUUAUCACAGGAGAACGGGAGAGAGAACCGUAACCUGCACUUUCCAGCGUGAGAACCCACUUCAGUAAAUAAAGGGUAGAACUGUCAGGGGGCACGUGACCUGGCAUUAGGCUUUCAGGGCACAUAAAUACUAGGUAUAAAUCCAAGAAUUGUUUAUUUUACCUUUUAAAAAAAAGCAUCUGUUCAUAAGCAGCCAUUUCAUUGGCUGGACCGACAUUGUGCCUCGUAACUCACAAGAAACUAGUGACCUCAUUGAGGCGUGAGGUACUGUGCCGUCACUAGUGAGUGAGUAGGCUGAAUUCUCGUGAAUUUUGGUUUAUUCCAUAAAAUGACAUCAUCCACUGCAGCUAGCUGGUAAUGACUAGGUCUGACACCACCAUAUAACACAAACGUGACACAAUCUCCAACGUAUAGGCGAAAAACUCACCCUGAUUGAGCUCUCUCUCUCUCUCUCUCUCUAUAUAUAUAUAUAAUGUUUUAGUUAUUUAUAAUACAUGAUGAUUAAUGAUACACCCCCAGUUUUUGUGCAUCUAUACGUGUGCGUAUAAUGAGGAAAACCGUAAAGCCUGUAGGCGUUCCUGAUGAAGCCGACUUCGACCCACGUUCUACCGACAGGUAUAAUAAUUUGGUGUGCACCAGGGAAGAACUUUGUAGCCUCAUUUGCAGAUA